GCGCGGUCUUGGAGUCACCAUUCAACGAAGACACUCCUAGUACUGCGAUGAUAUCCGGAAGGGACGCCUUCUGGACGUACCUGCUCUUUUGUGAUGUUUACAAGCUGUUACUACUCCACUCUUCCUUUAGUGCGCCUGUGUUGAAACAUUCCUGGUUUACGGACUUAUCGCCAUACAGUUCUGCAAGUCAAGGUCUAGCCGCUGCAAGGUAAAGGGCUAGUGCAUUGGUGAAGCAGUUUCUGAAAUAACGCUCGACCAGCUGAGCUCUCUAUCUAAAUGUGUGUGGGUUGUUUUGACGAGGUUGGGGUGGUUUGUAAGCCCGGCAUUUCUAUCGUAUAUAGAUCUUUUUGCUACGUGUCGAUGGUCCUUCUUUGCGAAGAGACUUGCUUGUUUGGUGGACUUCCCUUUUUGUGGGGAUACUCAGAUGACGGAUGUGCAAUGUAUGAGACAGAUUGCGCACACAAAUUAAUUUGUUUGUAUUGUGCUACAUGCAGUAAAACGGUAAAACUCAUAUGUCUUUCAUUGCUGCCUGUACACAGGAUGUCACUGCAUGUUUGCCAUGAAUGACCUGGCAAAGGUGUGCGAAUGUUUUGAUUUUGGUUCAAGCUACUGCUAUUGGAGCAGUGUUCUUCACUUUAUUUCCUUUCAUCAUGUCGUUCUCCUCAUUAUUUCAGUCAAGGAAAGCUCGCACUGAGUUUGAGAUCACGCUGUCGCGGUGCAGCUAUACUGGAGCUUUCCUCUCCGUGCACGAAGCGGUCUGGAACAUCAGAGCUGGAGGCCUGUCCUGGAAUUCUUAUGACUUCUGUGUCAACAUGAUGCUCAUUCUGUCGGAGAUCGCGCUCUUUCUCUUCAGCAUAGCGUGCCAAAUUGGUUUUACCUACUAUUUGAACCUUCAAAUGCAGCCUCCGCCUGAUGUUUGCACCUUGCACACAAGCCGGGGCCUUCAGUGGCUAGGGGCAGCUGCCUUCGUCGGGAAAGUGCUCCAGGAUGUAUUUGAGACAUGUGAGAUGCUUCUUUGGUUCCUUGUCGCCGACCGCAUCGAGAAGGAUCUUGCAGGUGACCAACCAGAGAGCAUCGAGUUAAGUGACAGGGUCGCCGGAAUCCUUUUCGUGGUGCUUCCCAAAUUCGCCAUUGCAGGUUGGCUCACGUGGGUCGGUGCACGGUUCGUACUGCUCUCCUCAGAUGACACUCAAAUCAUCGUGAAUUGCCUUGCAAUGACCUUUGUGAUGGACAUCGAUGAGAUUGUCCACAAGACCGCCUCAAGCCAGUAUGUGAAGCAGAGCACAGAGCACCUUAAAGCGUGGUCCAUGCCUCUCAAACCUGAAUAUGUGAGAUUGGAAACCGUCAUGGCGCCGGUCAUUAAAGCUGGGCUUUGGGCGUUUGCUUGCUCGGUACUCAUUGCCGAUCUUCCCCGUUGCAACCAGCCUCCAGGGCCUCCAGGGCCUCCAGGGCCACCCAACCGAUAGUGAGACUUAAGCAUUCUGCCACCAUGCCCUGCGCUGAAGAAAAACAGGAUUGCUUGACUUGCGUGAUACAUGAUAUUGAUACUAUAUAGAUACUUUGACUUUGUAUCACUUGUGCUCGUGCCACAAAAAGCGCAUCACC